AUCAGUCAGACUGUUUGAGCUGCUCAGACCAGCGGAGAGGCUUCACACUGCAGCGACAAACCAGGUCCGUUUGAAACAAUGAGCGACACGUCUGCGCUGGUGAACGUGGAAAAAUGGAUCACAGGGAACCAGAAUGCUUUUCUGCCACCGGUGUGCAACAAGCUCAUGCACUUUUCCCAGUUGAUCAUCAUGUUUGUCGGAGGUCCAAACACCAGGAAGGAUUAUCAUAUAGAGGAAGGGGAGGAGUUGUUCUACCAGCUGAAGGGGGACAUGUGUCUGAAGGUGAUUGAAAAUGGCAAACACAAGGACGUGCACAUCAAGGAGGGAGAGAUGUUCCUGCUGCCGGCUCGGAUCCCGCACUCCCCGCAGAGACAGGCCGACACUGUGGGACUGGUGGUGGAGAGGAGACGGCUGCUGACUGAGACUGACUGUCUGAGGUACUACGUGGACAACACCACUAACACCCUGUUUGAGAGAUGGUUUUACUGCCAGGACCUCGGAACCCAACUGGUGCCAAUAAUCAAAGAGUUCAUGGCAUCGAAGCAGUGCAAAACAGGAAAACCUGAUCCAAAUGAAGUCUUCAGGGAGCCUCCGUUCCAGAUGAGCACCAUGAACGUGAUGUCCCCCUUCUCCUUCAAAGACUGGCUGGACAAACAGAGGGCGGCGCUGGGCAACGGCGGGCCCAUCGACAUGUUCGGAGCUCAGUUUGAGACUGAGGCGAUGGUGUUUGGACCAGGCCGUACGGAGACGUCAGUACGCCAAAGCGACGUGUGGAUUUGGCAGAUGGAGGGCUCGUCAACAGUCACUAUGAAUCAACAGGAGUUCAGUCUUGCUCCAGGAGAAAGUUUACUCAUCCCCGAACACACCCACUACCAGUGGCAGAGAGAUGAGGGGACUGUUGCCCUGUUUGUGGUCCAAAACCCUGAGCGGAAGAGACCCUGAGCACCACACACACACACACACACACACUAAAUAUACAGUAUUCUUUAUAUGUGGGGAGGUUGCAGGUUUGCACAGGUUAAAUAUAGGACUUUAAGACCUUUUCAGGACCAUUAUGAAUGCAAUUAAGACCUAUUUCACAUCCAUACUGACAAUGAAGUACAGUGGAUAGGAUAUGGAUAUGGAUGGAGGGGAUGACACACAGCAAAGAGCCACAGGUCAGAUCUGAACCCUGUGCUGCUGCAGCAAGGACUCAGCCUUCGUACACUACAGGUGAGCUAUCAGGGAGCUCCUGUAGCUUUACUCAUUAGAGGAAUCAAACAAAUAAAUA